CGUUCAUUCUUCAAAGUUCACGUAAAAUCUCUAGGUUUUACAUAGUUUUGUCAUUAUGAUACAAGGAUUCACACUGUAAAACUUUCUUGUUAGGGGUUUUCCUUUGCAUUUUAAUGGGUUCUUCUAUGUUCACUGUGAUCUGCAUACUCCAUUCACUCAUAGCAGUAACAUGUGGCUCCUUGAUAAUGUUCUACCUCAAGGAGAUCUCUGUAUUCGGCCAUGGGGUCGAAACGGCUCAAAAACUUUCGGGCUCGACUCCUCACGACCAACUCUUGAUCCAAACAUCCAAUUCUUUUGCUGGGUUGCUUCUGUUUGUAGUUGGGUUCUUGUUGUUCCUGGUGGCAUUUGUUGAGGACAAGGAGUUUCAGAGCUUUUUUGCCAAGGGAUGUGUGCUUCUUCACAUUUCAAUGGCCCUUUGGAGGGUCAAGUUUGAAAGAAGGCUUGAGGAUUUGGCUUGGGAUUGGCCAAGGCAAGCAGUCGGGGAUUUUGUGCUAGCACUUUCUUGGGUCUUCUUUUUGGUGUACACUUGGAGGGAAAAGUAUGAUUAAUUCAAGAAAGUAAAUAGAUUUCAUUCUUUUUAUUUGUUUCUUAUUAUUUCUUCUAUAUAUUUUCAUUUUGGACUUGGAACACCUCUUUUAACUGUUCUUAGUUUAAUUGGUACACAAAUUCAUUCUCCUAUUUAUCAAUUGAUAUUCGAUUUUUCGAAAUAGAUUAUCAAAAGAUUGUGCCUUCUGAAUUUCUAAGCAAUAACAGAAAUUAUUCUUU